GGCACGCCCAAGCUACAGAGCUGAAUGACGCCCGUCUGUUGCAUCUUUGGUAUCGGUGCGUCCUGCUAUUGGAGGACCACUCCAAAAGAAAGCAAUCAGCGGCGCGCCGUGGGCGGGUGGAACGCCUGUUUAUAAAUCCAGAUCUCUCCCCCAAGGUUGGGAACAGCAACAGGAGAAGAGCGAAAGUGAGGCGCAUGAGAAGUGAGAGAGAAAGAGACGUGGAAGAGCCGAGGCUGUGGCGGUGGCUGUGGUUGACCGGGGUCCGCGGAGGGGGCGCGGCGUCCGCCCCUGCAUGCGACUUCAGCCGCGCAUGGACGACCACCUCAGCCUCCUGCAAUCACCCCCGCCGAGCGCGACCAAAACCCGAGGCGACAACCUGGUGAACCACGGCUACACCGAGACAGAGGCGGACGUGAUGACGGUGGUGGCGUGUGACAACAUGCUGGAGGAGUCGGCGGCUCUACCGGGCCACCACUCUUUGGAUCGAUACGAACCGGAUCACGAGUGCUGCGAGCGGGUGGUCAUCAACAUCUCUGGGUUGCGCUUUGAGACGCAGCUGAAGACUCUGUCACAGUUUCCAGAGACGCUGUUAGGGGACCCUAAGAAGAGGAUGAGAUACUUCGAUCCCCUCAGGAAUGAAUACUUUUUCGAUCGGAACCGACCCAGCUUUGAUGCCAUCCUCUACUACUACCAGUCUGGCGGGCGCAUCAGGAGACCCGUAAAUGUGCCCAUUGAUAUUUUCUCUGAGGAAAUACGUUUCUAUGAGCUGGGAGAAGAGGCUAUGGAGAAGUUCAGAGAGGAUGAGGGCUUUAUUAAGGAGGAGGAGCGGCCGCUGCCAGAUAAUGAGUUUCAAAGGCAGGUGUGGCUGCUUUUUGAGUAUCCAGAGAGCUCGGGUCCUGCCAGGGGAAUAGCGAUAGUGUCUGUCCUGGUCAUUCUCAUCUCCAUUGUCAUCUUCUGCUUAGAGACACUGCCAGAGUUCAGGGAUGAGAACAGGGACCCCAUCACCAUUGCGCCUGUGAUAAAUGGCACGCUUCCCUAUUUCAUUAGUCCCUUCUCAGAUCCCUUCUUCGUGGUGGAGACGCUGUGCAUCAUCUGGUUCUCAUUCGAGCUGCUGGUGCGCUUUUUUGCAUGCCCGAGCAAAGCCACCUUCUCCAAAAACAUCAUGAACAUUAUUGACAUCGUUGCCAUCAUCCCUUACUUCAUCACACUGGGCACAGAGCUGGCGGAGAGGCAGGGAAACGGACAGCAGGCCAUGUCGCUGGCCAUCCUGCGCGUAAUCAGGCUCGUCCGGGUGUUUCGCAUCUUCAAACUCUCGCGUCACUCCAAGGGCCUGCAAAUUUUGGGACAGACGCUCAAAGCCAGUAUGCGCGAACUGGGACUGCUCAUCUUCUUCUUGUUCAUUGGGGUUAUACUUUUCUCCAGCGCCGUUUACUUCGCUGAAGCGGACGACCCGGAUUCGGGGUUCAGUAGCAUCCCGGACGCAUUCUGGUGGGCGGUCGUAACCAUGACCACCGUAGGAUACGGGGAUAUGCACCCUGUGACGAUCGGGGGCAAGAUUGUGGGGUCCCUGUGCGCGAUCGCCGGCGUGCUGACCAUAGCGCUACCAGUGCCCGUCAUCGUUUCCAACUUUAACUACUUUUACCACAGAGAGACGGACGGCGAGGAGCAGGCGCAGUACCUCCAUGUGGGGAGCUGUCAACCUCUGGCGGACACAGAGGAGCUGAGGAAGACUCGAUCAUCCUCCUCACUCAGUAAAAGCGAGUACAUGGUGAUAGAGGAGCAAGGGUUUAACGGUUCUUUUAAGCAGCAGCCAAACUUCCCCACCAACCCAACCCCCGUUCAGAACAACUCACAGAACUGUGUAAACAUAAACAAAAAGAUUUUCACCGACGUGUAACGUGAACGCAAACGGCCACUGAGAGCAGGAGGACGUGAUGUAUCACGCAUCUGCAGCGACUUUAGGAGGCAACAGUAGAUAUAAGAUGAUGGAUGAUGCUGGGCGCGUUUGUUUAAUGAGAUGAUUUGUACUCCGUUCGAUCAAUUAGUUUUGUAUAUCUACAUAUUUAGGUAAUUGUUGCUUGCAAAAAGUGAAAGAGCUCCUCCUUUUGUUCACUGAACCUGUUGUAUGCCGUGCAAUAAGCAGCAUAUUAAACGCAUCACAACAGAUAGAGAUAAAGAUGAAUGACGCGUAAAAGCGAAAGCACCUGACAAUGGAUUCUCAUGCGUUAUUACCAUGCAUUAAGAGUCGUGAUUUCGCAAGCAAUAGCCUGUAUGUGUAAUAUUCAGAGUCAUUAGAAUAUGUUUGCCUAUUUCUGUGUUCAAAAACAUGUAGCCAAAUGUCAGGUAAACAUAAUCCAGCAUAUAUAUGUCAUAUAAGCCGUUUUGUGGUACGUCUAUUGUGCGUUAAAGUGUAGAUUAAAUGCUACUGCUUUGAAAAAAACAAAACAAAAAAACAAUAGAAAAACAACCUAGGUAUAAACUUGGGUUUUUAAUGCGUAAACGGCGCCAUGUAAACCACCAAUCAAAGCGGCUGUCAGGGUCUCUUUAUAGGUGGGAGAUACACGUGAGGAGAGAAACAAGAAAAGGGAGCGUUCUCUGAUCAAAGAUGGAGCGCCUUUCUGUCGCGGAAGCCUCAAAUAGAGCCCUCUGUGAUGCAGUCUCCAUGGCGACGCCAGUUUACUUGGUACCCUCCCAGUGCCGUUGCCAUAGCAUUGCCGUUUCCACAGUAACCUCCCAGAUGGUUUCACAGCUACAUUGGAGGACCUAGUGUGAGGGGGGCAGCAUGUCUUUUCAUUGUUUAAUCAUUCAGAACAAAACAUUUCUAGAUUCAGUGACUGUUAAAGGCUGCUGGAGCAAAAACAACAGAAAACAAAAGUGAAGACAUCAGACACUCUGAAAUCGUGGACCACAACUCAAGACGGUGUCGUGAUGACAGAGUGGAAUCAGGAGUCAACAUGUAAGGAAUUAUGAAUGGACUGAGAUUACGUUGCCCGGCUGUCCUUUGUGCACUACCGCGGGGGGCCAGCAGAGGACGAUGUUCUCUCACUAAAAAAUGGUAAAAGAAUAUAUUUCUACUCAGACACCUUGGAACAUAUGAUGAUCUCAUUUCAGCUGCUUCCCUUUAAGGGCUGCAGAAACUCUGAUCCCUCUCUGUUGGAUUGGAUGAGCCAUGUUUUGGAAUUCAGACAACAAUCAAUUGGAUCUACUUCUCCUGUCUUCUUAAUGUCAGUUAGUACCCUCAAACCGGACGGAUAAGGCUGUGACUAGCAACGCUCCCACUGCUCAAUCCUAAAUUCAUAAUGGGCAUGUAGCAAUGUUCUUACAAAGUGUUGUAGCAUACAGUUUGGACUCAAUACUCUAUGAAUGCAACCUUUAAGGGAUUGACACUAAUAUAGAUAUGCCAAAACUUUUAGCUGGAAUUGCCUGUGGUACCUUUUAUCCACUCUGCUGUCUAAAUGAUAUGUAAAAGCACAGUUAGAUAAAUCUGCCAGUAUCUUUGCAAGCACCGUUCACUUUAUUGAGACUUUGAUUUAUUUUAUGUUUGUUUUUUUUCACUUUAUUUUUAGUUUUUCCCAGAAGGUCUUUAUAAUCGUUGACUACAACAAUCAGGAGGAAUUUGAACAAGUGGUAAAAACUGAGUCCAUCUGUGAUUUGACUGAUAUGAAACUGUGAUACCAAUCAAAGACUGUUAGCCAUAUGCCUUUGUUAUAUGUUCGUGCUCUCUGUGUUGCUAAAUAUGUUAAACAGACACAUUUUUAUGUGUGCUGUUUGCUGCUAUUUAUUUGAUGUAUUCACGAAGAACAAUACAUAUGCAUUGAGACACAUGUGUCAACACAGACACCUUAAACACAAAUACACACAGGUUUACAUGUUUCACCUCUAUCCAAGAGUGCACUUUGUUUUUUUUUUUCUCUAUUUGGGAUAGAGCAGAAUAUUGAGAAGUGAAGAACCUGUGUGCCCAAAUUGAUUCUGCAUUGUUGUUCUUUAACAUGACCCGUAUAAAAAGAUGAUGAGGUGUAUUGUAUUUCUUAUUAGCCUUAUUCCACUUAUUUACUAGUGGGACUACUGUCUUUCUUGUUUGGUGAAUACACAGAAGCAUACACAAUAUGCUCUAUAGUCCCUUAAGUUAUUUUGAAGCACAGUUAGGUUGUGCUCCUAUUUAUCCUGAUGGAAAAUUUCAGCAAAGUUCACCGGUCGAGUAGAUAAUUCAGAUUAGAUCGCUGUGAUUACAUGUUAAAAUGGUGUUUUGAUGAAUGUAAAAAAGAAGCACAUUUAAUUCUUGAAUCAAUUAGAUGUGUUAAAACGGUUAAAGCCGCUGGCUACUCUAUUCAGCAGUCAAACUAACUUAAUGUGUACUUUUUCAUCUAUAAAACAAACGUAUGUAUGUAUGUUUUAUGUGUUUCACAGUUUUCUAUUUAGAUUACUAUUAAUUCAAAAGCUAUUAUUCCUGAAACAAUAGUGCACACAUGCACAUGCCUGUUUCUGAUCACUAAAGUUUAUUGAUGUAGCUGACAAUCUUGAC